AUGGUUCAGACGGGGCUAGGUCUCCAAGGACCGCCUUGGCUGGCCGUUGGUUUCACGGCCAUGACCUGGCGCCCGAGUUGGGAUGAGCUCUCGGUUCCGUGUCAUGUCUACAGAAAUACUCAGGAAGAGGUCUUGCAAGUCCCCAACAGUCUGGGUUCCUUGCUGGCCUGGCUCUGCCGGCCCAGAGCAGUGGAACCGUCUUGCUGUUUCCUGUAUCUUCAUGGGUUCCCAGAUCAAAGCCUUGACCACCGCAAGGAGCUGUCCAGCUACGGCCAACUACGGCCCGCACUGCCUCAGCGAUUGGCAGCUCAGCUCCUGGCUGCGCGUCCCGAGGCAGCUUUCGCAGCCUUCAACUUUUCCGGCACCCCUGGAUCUGAUGCGAGCUGCCGGUUUCGUGACAAAACAGUCACCCAAGAACUCUCCGAUACACUGGCCAUGAUGUCUUACUUGCGGGAGCGAUGGCCUGGGCUUCCCAUCCACGUCAUUGGCAUCUCCACUGGUGCCAUCGUUGCCAGUUUGCUGAGGGGCGUUCACAGUGUUGGUGACAUCACCAUCACCACGAUCGCUGGACUCAAGAAUGUCCAGAGGGGUCUCUGCUUGGAUUUUGACAAAGUGCAGCAGCAGGCCUUUGACAGCGAAGGUGAAUGCUGGAAGGAAUUCUGGCUGCCCCGUGAAUCUCCGUCAAAUCCACCUGACGCCAAGUUCGACGGGGUUUGCUCCAACACCGGCUCGGACGGCUCGGAACGCUGGGAGAAGGCCCAUUUGCCACUGGCUGCAGCCUACCGGGAGGACUUCCUGAAGUUGGAUGUGCCCACUGCGAUUUCUACUGGUACCGCACCUCUGCUGGUCCUCCAUGGUGACCGCGACCGCAGCAUACCACUGGAGAAUGGUCAGGAGCUGUUCGAGGCAGCAGCGCAUCCAAAGGAGCUCUUGGUGCUGAAAGGUGGAGACCAUUUGCUGCGAAGCUCCAAGACAACCAGCAAAGCGGGCCGGGCCAUUCUCGAUUUCACUUGCAAGUACCCGAGAGGAGACACUACCGCUGAGCACUAA